AAUUACUGGGUUUUUAUGUUUUUUUGCUCCUCGCCGCCGGAUCGCCCCAGCCCUAUUCUCGAACCACCUGGAGAGAAGAGGGCAGGAAGAGCCGUAGCUUCGCCGCCGCCGCCGCGGAGAGGGGAGAGAUGAAGAUCUUCGUGAAGACUCUCAAGGGAACCCACUUCGAGAUCGAAGUGAAGCCCGAAGACGCCGUUGCUGAUGUCAAAAAGAAUAUAGAAGCUGUUCAAGGGCAAGGUGUUUACCCAGCUGAACAACAGAUGCUGAUACAUCAAGGGAAAAUUCUUAAAGAUGAUACAACUUUGCAGGAUAAUAAAGUUGCGGAGAACAGUUUUAUCGUUAUAAUGUUGACUAAGACUAAAGGUUCAUCAAGUGGAGCUUCAACAGUGAGCGCAACAACACCUACAAGUCAGGCCUUGCCUCCUAGCUCUGUGACUCCUAAUGCUUCAGGUCCAGCACCCACCCCAGCUGCAGCACCCCCUCCAGCUGCAGCACCCCCGGCAAGUUUGGUCCCGGUCCCUGCAACUACACCUGCUCCAAGUGCGACAAGUACACCUGCUCCAAGUGCGACAACCACACCUGCUCCAAGUGCGACAACUACACCAGCUUCUGCGGUUACCGCACCCAGUGCCGAUGCUUAUGGUCAAGCAGCAUCCAAUCUUGUUGCAGGCAGUGCCCUUGAGCAAACCGUUCAACAUAUUCUUGACAUGGGCGGAGGCACUUGGGACAGGGACACUGUUAUUCGUGCUUUACGUGCUGCAUAUAACAACCCUGAGAGAGCUGUUGAAUACUUAUAUUCAGGGAUUCCUGAGCAAGCAGAUGCACCACCUGCGGCCCAAGCCCCAACAAGUGGGCAGAUGGCUAACCCACCAGUCCAGGCUCCCGAACCAGCCCAGCCAGCUGUUCCUUCAAGUGGGCCGAAUGCUAAUCCUUUAGACCUCUUUCCUCAGGGUCUUCCCAGCAUGGGCUCCAAUGCUGGUGCAGGCAGCCUUGAUUUUCUUCGCAACAGUCCACAGUUCCGAGCCUUGCAGACUUUGGUGCAGGCAAACCCUCAAAUAUUACAGCCAAUGCUUCAAGAGCUAGGGAAACAAAACCCUCAGGUUAUGAGGCUCAUUCAGGAUCAUCAAGCUGAAUUUCUUCGUUUACUUAAUGAACCAGCUGAGGGAGCAGAGAGCAAUCUACUAGGACAAUUAGCGAGUGCAAUGCCACAGGCAUUAACAGUUACUCCUGAGGAGCGUGAAGCCAUUGAACGUCUUGAGGCAAUGGGCUUCGAUCGGGCUCUUGUGUUAGAGGUCUUCUUUGCCUGCAACAAGAAUGAGGAGUUGGCUGCGAACUAUCUUUUGGACCACAUGCAUGAAUUUGAAGACUGAUUGAAGGAGGUAAAAGCUUGGCCUGCAGAUUUACUGAGUGCAUGCUACUUCCUGUUCACAGCAAUUGUGUAGUAUGUGCAUGCAACUCCGGGUUCACAGGAAUUGUGUGGUUGUGGAUUACUGUUCGUAGUGGACAAAGAAUGUUUGGGCAAUCAGAGCUUUUUAUAUGGUUUUUCCUCUUUAUAUCUUGCUUCUUUCAUAAAGACAUAAUCCCCGUACAUAGUAAAGUAUCAGGAGAAUGCAAUUUGUGUAUAAUGAUUAUAUUUUGGAAUUUGGACCAUGUCAGCAGCAUAGCACAUGAAAGCAGUUGCUUAUUUACUUUCAUGAUAAAAUUAUUUUUUAUUUACUUUCGGUGA